GGAUGGCACUGCUGACACUUGUCACUUCCCUCAAUCUAGUUUCCACAGACACCAGACGAGCGCUCGGCUUCAAUGUUUCCCAGUUUCGUGGUGAUCAGCUAUCUUUCAGGUCAGCUAAUUACGUUUAUAAAUUCCCUGCAAUGAGUAAGUUGCCCUAUCCGAACGAUGAGCGCCACUAUCGGAAUCAGCUUUUGUGUGAGCGAUUGCAGCAGCAGCAGCAUCUGCACCAUUACAACCGCGCCAGAGGAACGCCCGAGGAGCGGGAUAGCGCGAAUGAAGAUGGCGUACCGCCCGCCAUCAUGCAGCCGCGCACGACGAUGGCCCGCUACCCGGAGCUGGUGAGACGCACGCAAGGUCGUGGCCGUCCCCGGCAGGACCAUCCCAUCUACACGCUCUCGCAUCCCGGCGGUGACGGUAUCGAGACGGACGGUGACAUUGACGAUACGCUGUCGGAGUUUGCGGGAGGCUGGUAUACGCCGCGCCUUCGCCGCUCCUCCCGGCCCUCCUCGAUGCGUGCCUCCACGAUGAAGAAGCUGAACGAAUGGCUCGACGCUUACCAGCAGGACCGGGGCAAAGGUCGCAGCAUGACCGAUCUGCGCCUUGCCGGGUACGGUUCCAGCGAGGAGGAUGAAAACCUGCGGGCGCCAAGGGAUUUUUUAGACGCCGGAAAACCCAACGACUUGCAGCAGGAAGGUGAAACAUUGAACAAAGAGCCAGUGGAAACCAAACCCCAGGAAUCGGAGCCACCGGAGAUGCAGGAAGUCACUGCGCCGAAACCCAACACGACAAGCACGAACGAUGCUGGAUACGGAUGGGUCGGCAAGCUGUUGUCGAUGUUGCUGCACCUUGCCGAGCUGCUGCUGCCGAUAUCGCUCCAGAUGCUGACGUUCCUGAAGAACCACACGAAAACGGCCCUGCUGUACCUUUGGGGCCGCUUCGUUCAACCGUUCGUUGCGGACGGUUCGCCGGCAAGGAACGAUGCAAAGGCGACAGUCGUGCUGCUGCUCGUGCUGCCACUGAUCGCCGUGCUGGGAGUAGCGUAUGGGGCGAUUUGCAUACUUUACUGGUUGAAUCGAUCGCUGCUGAUUGAACCGAAUCGUCUCCAAAUCUAGGUUUUUGCUCUUUGUCGAGUUCUUAUCGGUCGUAAGACAUCUUCGUAGGAAUAUUGAAAAUAGAACCCCCGAAACCUUGGAGCACAAUCGAUGGUUAAUGCAGCCUGAAAAUACCGAGUUUUACAUAAGUAAGAGCUUAAACCAGUUCCUGGUCGUCGCGAACGAAAUGGGCGAAAUGGGCGAAAUAAAUAAUUCCUUUCCAUCAAAUGGCGAAGCAAACUAA